CCACACCCCUCUCCCCUCUCCGAGUACACAGGAGGCCGAGAUAUCCUAAGCUAGAGCAAGACCGAGUUACAAACAGAACAACUGAGCAAGGGAGGGAGGGGAGAUGAGGCGGUUCCUCCAUGGAGCGGCGCUCUCGCUGCUGCUUCUUGCAGCGGUUGCCCAUGCUCAACAGACGGCGAGGACCGAUCCCGGCGACGCGGCGGCGCUGAACGCGGUGUUCGCCAAGCUCGGCAAGAAGGCGUUGUCGACAUGGAACAUCAGCGGCGACCCCUGCACCGGCGCCGCCACGGACAACACCAACAUCGACAACAACCCGCCCUUCAACCCGGCCAUCAAGUGCGAACGCUGCACCGGCACCGGCAACACCUCCGUCUGCCGCAUCACAAGGCUGAAAAUAUACGCCUUGGACGCCAUCGGACCGAUACCGGAAGAGCUGUGGAACCUCACUGCCCUCACCAAUCUGGAUUUGGGGCAAAAUUACUUAACAGGACCUUUAUCAUCGCUCAUCGGGGGUUUGACUGCUAUGCAGUACAUGUCUCUUGGCAUCAACGCGCUAUCUGGACCUGUACCAAAGGAGCUCGGGAACCUUACAAAUCUUGUAUCACUGAGCAUUAGCUCAAACAACUUUAGCGGCUCGCUUCCUUCGGAACUGGGAAACCUGCCAAAACUUGAGCAACUGUACAUUGACAGUGCUGGCCUUACUGGUCCACUACCAUCCUCGCUUUCCAGGCUCACGAAUAUGAAAACACUGUGGGCGUCAGAUAAUGAUUUUACUGGGCUAAUACCUGAUUAUAUUGGGAGCUGGACUAAUUUAACAGACCUGAGGUUUCAAGGCAAUUCUUUUCAAGGUCCGCUUCCAGCUACUCUUUCCAAUCUUGGCCAGUUGACAAGCUUACGAAUCGGUGAUAUAGUAAAUGGAAGUUCUUCUUCACUGGCAUUCAUCACUAAUAUGACAUCUUUGACCACCCUGGUUUUGAGGAACUGUAGGAUAUCUGAUAGGCUUGUAUCAAUAGACUUUUCGAACUUCACGAAAUUAAGUUUAUUGGACUUGAGUUUCAACAAUAUCACAGGCCAAGUACCACAAACUUUGUUUAACCUGAGCUCACUCAACUUCUUAUUUCUUGGGAACAAUAGCCUUUCAGGAAGCCUUCCAAGCUCAAUAGGAUCUUCACUUAAAAAUUUAGAUUUUUCUUACAAUCAGCUAUCAGGAAGCGUUCCUUCUUGGGCUAGAAAUUCACAGUUGAAUCUGGUGAGCAACAAUUUCACUGCGGACAGUUCCAGCAACAGUGUCUUACCUACGGGGUGGACGUGCCUUCAGCGUGAUACACCAUGUUUUCUUGGUUCUCCACAGUCUUCUUCCUUUGCUGUGGACUCUGGUAGUGUUCGAUCCAUAUCAGGCUCAGAUGGUUCUUUGUAUGAACCUGAUGAUGCCAGUCUUGGACCUGCGUCAUAUUAUGUUACAGGAGCACCAACAUGGGGUGUUAGCAAUGUUGGAAGGUUCAUGGAUGCAUCAAAUGGAAGUUAUAUAAUCUACAGUUCGCAGCAGUUUCAGAAUACACUAGAUACAGAACUGUUCCGGAAUGCAAGGAUGUCGCCGUCGUCUUUAAGAUACUUUGGUAUUGGACUUGAGAAUGGAAACUAUACAGUUACACUUCAAUUUGCAGAGUUUGACUUCCCAGACACUCAAUCUUGGAAGAGCCGAGGUAGAAGGGUUUUCGAUAUAUAUGUCCAGGGUGAGCGUAAGGAGCAGAACUUUGACAUAAAGAAGGCGGCAGGAGGGAAAUCUUACACUGCAGUUAGGAAGCAGUACACUGUUCCUGUUACCAAGAACUUUCUUGAGAUUCAUCUCUUCUGGGCUGGAAAGGGCACUUGCUGCAUUCCUGAUCAAGGAUACUACGGGCCUGCAAUAUCAGCUUUGAGUGCAACGCCAAAUUUCACCCCUACAGUACGUAGUGCUGCGGCAAAGAAGAAAGGUAGUAAAACAGGUGUGAUUGUGGGAGUUGUAGUUGGUGUGGCAGUUUUAGGAUUGGCAGCACUUGCCGGAAUCAUUUUUUGGAUACAGAAAAGGCGAAAACUAUCACUGGAGCAAGAAGAGUUGUACAGUAUUGUGGGAAGACCUAAUGUCCUCAGUUAUAGUGAACUGAGGUCAGCUACUGAAAAUUUCAGUUCUAAUAACCUUCUUGGUCAAGGAGGAUAUGGGUCGGUCUAUAAGGGAAAGUUAACUGAUGGUAGGUUUGUGGCAGUGAAGCAGCUGUCUGAAGCAUCUCGUCAGGGGAAAAAAGAAUUCGCGACGGAAAUAGAAACUAUAUCUCGAGUGCAACAUCGUAAUCUCGUGAAGCUGUAUGGUUGCUGCCUUGAGGGCAAUAAGCCAUUGCUGGUUUAUGAGUACUUGGAGAAUGGAAGCCUGGACCGUGCUCUGUUUGGAAAGGGGAGUGCACACUUAGACUGGCCAACACGUUUUGAGAUAUGCUUAGGCGUUGCAAGAGGUCUGGCUUAUCUUCAUGAAGAAUCUGCCAUACGUGUUGUGCACAGGGACAUAAAGGCCAGCAAUAUCUUACUUGAUGCCAAUCUCAAUCCUAAGAUCUCCGAUUUUGGGCUUGCAAAACUUUAUGAUGAUCAGGAGACACAUGUCAGCACGAAAGUUGCUGGCACAUUUGGUUAUCUCGCACCUGAGUAUGCCAUGAGAGGCCAUAUGACAGAGAAGGUUGAUGUGUUUGCGUUUGGCGUUGUGGUGUUGGAGACUUUAGCUGGAAGGCCUAAUUAUUACACUAAGGACGAAGACAAGGUUUAUAUAUUUGAAUGGGUCUGGGAACUUUACGAGGACAACCGCCCUCUGGACAUGCUCGACCCGAGGCUCGAGGAGUUCAACAGCGAGGAGGUGCUCCGGGCCAUCAAAGUGGCACUCGUCUGCACCCAGGGCUCGCCCCACCAGCGCCCGCCCAUGUCGAGGGUGGUGGCGAUGCUGACGGGCGACGUCGAGGCCCCUGACGUGGUGACCAAGCCCAGCUACAUCACGGAGUGGCAGAUCAAGGGUGGCGGCGACACCAGCUACAUGAGCUCUGACGUCAGCGGGCAGUCAAGCUCGGCGCCGAGGGCCCCCGACUCGGCGCGUGGCUCGUCUCAGAUCAUGAGCUCUGCCCUCUACGAAGGCCGUUGAUAUGAUUAUCGUGGCCGGUCGAUCGGUCCAUGGCGGCUUCUUGUGCCGCAGAUUUGUUGAGAAUGGUGUCGGUGCAGUCAGUUUUUGCGGAAGUGUACAUUUGAUUUCAUUUGCUAGGGUUCAUAGUUGCAUUGGCGGUGUAACUAGCACUCUAGUAGUUAGGAGUAUCAGGUAAAGAGCUGUAUGUGUAUUAUUUGGUCUCUUUGGACGCGCAUAAGAUUUUGCAAAAAAUUGGCUUUUGAAUCUGAAUUUUGAAGAAGGCGAAACACGUGCCUGCUUGUGAAGAA